AUGAGGACUGCGAUGAGUUCACGAGCGAAGAAAGGGACGAAGCAUCCAUCAAGCCAGGAACACGAGGACAGCUGCAAGUCGGUUGCCGUCGAUCCAUCCGACCCAGCCAAAUCACACCCACAGACCCACCACUCCUCUUCGACGACAAACACAGGCAAAUCUACCACCACUGUUCGUCAUCGACUGACCAAAAAGAAGGUCAACGGCGUCUGGAAGCCGCUCUCUUCGAAGAGCUGUGAUCUCCUUCAAGAGUCCUUAUCUCGGGCUAUGAAGAAGACUCGAUUGGACUAUCCCUCCAUCCGACGAGUCGAAAGCUUGACGAAGAAACUCACAAACAAGAUCCGGGUCCCGCUGGGCGUUUACACUGGCCUGAAAACUAACGAUGCCGGGAAAGUGGAGCUGCUCACCCUCGAGGGAUUGAUGAAGAAGAACCACGAGCUCGAGCUUCUCAUCCAACAACGCCAACGCGCCAUCGCCAAACUCGAACAAAAACUCGACCGAUAG